CUCUCUCGGUGUCCAUUUUAGACACGUCUUCGAAACAAAGUUAUCUUCAGUAUUCAAUAACUGUGGCUUAUUAUUAAGUUUAAAGUCGCUUUUGAACUCCGAUGGGAUCUUUUGAGUAUAUAAUGACACUUUAACCGAGGUCACGUGAUCAGAUUUACCAGUGAAGAUCAGACUGAUGUGACUGAAUGAUUCAUGGAUGAUUCACAAAUACUCAGAGAUGGAGAUUAUUCUCCAGGAUUCAGAUCAGUUGAUCAGAAGAGAUCAGACUCACCUGAGAUCAGUUGUGUGUCUAUGAAGAGUGAUGCGUCUAUGUAUGAACCAAUGAAAUUUAAAGACACAUCACCUGAUCAGAGAUCAAUUGAUCAGAAGAGAUCAGACUCACCAGAGAUCAGUUGUGUGUCUAUGAAGAGUAAUGCGUCUAUGUAUGAACCAAUGAAAUUUAAAGACACAUCACCUGAUCAGAGAUCAGUUGAUCAGAAGAGAUCAGACUCACCUGAGAUCAGUUGUGUGUCUAUGAAGAGUGAUGAGUCUAUGUAUGAACCAAUGAAAUUUAAAGACACAUCACCUGAUCAGAGAUCAAUUGAUCAGAAGAGAUCAGACUCACCAGAGAUCAGUUGUGUGUCUAUGAAGAGUAAUGCGUCUAUGUAUGAACCAAUGAAAUUUAAAGACACAUCACCUGAUCAGAGGUCUAAAAAUGUUCUGCAGUCCAUUGAAAGUGGCUGUCAUAGUUUCAGUUCUCAUUGUCCGCUUCCUGAAGUCCUCAACACAUUAAGAUUAAACCUGAGGAAGAAGUUUGAGUGUUUGUGUGAAGGAACAUCAGAUGAGAGAAACCCAACACUGCUGAAUGAGAUCUACACAGAGCUCUACAUCACAGAGAGUGAAAGUGGAGAGAUCAGUAAUGAACAUGAGGUGAGACAGAUUGAGACACAAUCCAGGAGAACAGCAACGGAGGACACACCAAUCAAAUGCAAUGACAUCUUUAAAGCUUUACCUGCACAAGACAAACCCAUCAGAAGUGUGCUGACAAAGGGAGUCGCUGGCAUUGGAAAAACAGUCUCUGUGCAGAAGUUCAUUCUGGACUGGGCUGAAGGGAAAGAGAAUCAGGACGUCCACCUCAUAUUUCCACUUCCUUUCAGAGAGAUCAAUCUGAUGAAGAACCAAACACUCAGUCUUUUACAUCUUCUUCAUCUUUUCUUCCCAGAGACAAAAGAAAUGGAAAUCUCCAGCGGUGAAUAUAAAGUGUUGUUCAUCUUUGAUGGUUUGGAUGAGUGUCGUGUGUCUCUGGAUUUUCACAGCAGUGUGAGGUUGUGUGAUGUCAGUGAAUCAGCCUCAGUGGACGUGAUGCUGACAAACCUCAUGAAGGGGAAUCUGCUUCCCUCUGCUCUCAUCUGGAUCACCUCCAGACCAGCAGCAGCUGAUCUCAUCCCCUCUGAGUGUGUUGAUCGAGUCACAGAGGUACGAGGCUUCACUGACAAACAGAAGGAGGAAUACUUCAGCAAGAGAAUCAGUGAUGAGAGUCUGAACAACAGAAUCAUCUCACACCUGAAGUCAUCCAGGAGCCUCUACAUCAUGUGUCACAUCCCAGUGUUCUGCUGGAUUUCAGCCACUGUUCUAGAGAGAAUGUUGAGUGAAGCAGAGAGUGAAGGAGAGAUCCCCAAGACUCUCACUCAAAUGUACACACACUUCCUGAUCAUUCAGACAAACAUCAAACAUCAGAAGGACUAUGAGAAGAAAGUGAAUAAUGAUGAAGACAUGAUCUUCAAACUGGCCAAACUGGCUUUUGAGCAGCUUGUGAAAGGGAACCUGAUCUUCUAUGAUGAGGACCUGAGAGAGUGUGGCAUUGAUGUAGCAGAAGCAUCAGUGUACUCAGGAUUGUGCACUCAGAUCUUCAGAGAGGAGUUUGGCUUGUAUCAGGGGAAAGUUUACUGCUUUGUUCAUCUGAGCAUUCAGGAACAUCUCGCAGCUCUUUAUGCUCACAUCUCCAUCACAAACAACAAGAUAAAUGUGUUUGGAGCGGGUCAGUUCUCUAAAAUGUUGGACAAAGUGAAACAUAACUUAUCAAAACAGGUUUCAUUAUCUGAGCUGCAUCAGAGAGCUGUAGAUGAAGCUCUACAGAGUCAGAAUGGACAUCUGGAUCUUUUCCUGCGUUUUCUUCUGGGUCUCUCACUGGAGUCCAAUCAGAUUCUCUUACAGGAUCUACUGACACACAUGAGCAGAUGCUCCUACAAGAAAGAGAAAACUGUUAAGUACAUUAAACAGAAGAUCAGUAAGAAUCUGUCUCCAGAGAAAUCCAUCAAUCUGAUUCACUGUCUGAAUGAACUGGAUGAUGAUUCACUGCUGCAGGAGAUUCAACAUUAUGUGAAAUCUGAAUCAGUCGGACGCUCCAAACUCUCCUCUUCACAGUGGUCAGCUUUAGUUUUUGUGUUGCUGAUGUCUGAACAGCAUUUGGAUGAACUUGAUCUGAAGAAAUUUAUUGGAGAUAAAAAUACAGCAGAUGAAGUUCUUGUGAAACUGAAGCCUGUGAUUAAAGAAUCCAGAAAACUGAAGUUGAGUCAGUGUAAGAUCACAGAUGAAGGUUGUGUUGCUCUGACUUCAGCUCUGAGAUCAAACCCCUCACACCUGAGACAUCUGGAUCUGUCUUAUAAUAAUGUAGGAGAUUCAGGAGUGAAGCUGAUCUCUACUGUACUGGAGAAUCCUCACUGUAAACUGGAGACACUGAAGUUGAGAUGGUGUAAGAUUAAAGAUGAAGGUUGUGUUGCUCUGACUUCAGCUCUGAGAUCAAACCCCUCACACCUGAGACAUCUGGAUCUGUCUGAUAAUAAUGUAGGAGAUUCAGGAGUGAAGCAGAUCUCUACUGUACUGGAGAAUCCUCACUGUAAACUGGAGACACUGAAGUUGAGUCAGUGUAAUAUCACAGAUGAAUGUUGUGUUGCUCUGACUUCAGCUCUGAGAUCAAACCCCUCACACCUGAGACAUCUGGAUCUGUCUUAUAAUAAUGUAGGAGAUUCAGGAGUGAAGCAGAUCUCUACUGUACUGGAGAAUCCUCACUGUAAACUGGAGACACUGAAGUUGAGUCAGUGUAAUAUCACAGAUGAAUGUUGUGUUGCUCUGACUUCAGCUCUGAGAUCAAACCCCUCACACCUGAGACAUCUGGAUCUGUCUCAUAAUAAUGUAGGAGAUUCAGAAGUGAAGCUGAUCUCUACUGUACUGGAGAAUCCUCACUGUAAACUGAAGACACUGAAGUUGAACUGGUGUGAGAUCACAAUCACAGAUGAACGUUGUGUUGCUCUGACUUCAGAUCAGACUCUAGGAGAUUCAGAAGUGAAGCAGAUCUGUGAUGUACUGGAGAAUCCUCACUGUAAACUGGAGACACUGACACUCUCACCUCGGGGAAACCAGUAAGCCGCCCAAUCUGUCCUCGCCCUAAGGAAAACCCCCGCAGCUCUCCUAUCUCAUAGUAAGCUCCUGUUAAGCAUACCAUUGGGGAUCCUUUGAAUCAAUAAAGUUCUUGCUGUCAGACCUGAGGGACAAUUAGAACUGUUAUGCUGGUAAGCACAGACUUCAUUCAGGUAGUGAUUCAAUACAUUUACUUUACAACAGUUUUUUUACAAUCUUUUCCCAAUUUAUGUAAGGCCACUCCGAUUGGGCAAUUUCUAAAUUUCGAAUCUCUGUCAGUUGAUUCAGGUACCAGUCUUUUCUUUCUCCUAACAGAAUAUGUUCUACCCCUUCCGCAUCAAUGUAUGUGGGUCAAUGACAAAUAAGAAAAUGUCAGGUGGUGCGACCAUAUAUUAAUUUAAAAUAAUAUACAUUUAAUGUAUUUAGCACUGAGUAUUUUUCCCCUCAUAUAUAAGAAAUUUAACAUAAAAUCAUGCCAAAAUAUUUUAUUAAGAAUUUUAUUGAGAAAAUUAACAUUUAUUUCUCAGUUUUGUUCUCUGUUUGUAUGUUCGGACGGUCGCAACACCUUUUUGGACAUUUUUGGUCUUUCAUACACCAAAACUCAAAAAAUCUAUUGAAUUUCAAUAAAAUGAAAUUGUUAUAAUUCUUAUAAAGGACAUAUUGUAGAUCCAUUUGAUAUAUGACAUGUAUUUAUUCAAAUUCUUUUUAGGAAAAUAAUGAAUUUGGACACAAAACACGUCAUUGACCCAUGUAUCUUCUUCCCAAAAGUGAUUUCCAAUUCCCCUAGUUUCAAACAGUACUUUUCUUAGGGUCAGUAUCUUACUAUGAAAGGCCUCUUUUCUCUAAUAAUCAAGGCCUGGCCCCUCUUCAGCUAUGCAACUGUAAUGCAGUGAACUGAAAUGAAAAACAACAUAAACUUUUUCCCCAUUGGUGAUUUUUGCUUUAAGACAUGAAAUUUAACAAUUAAUUUAAGAUCAAUGAUCAAUGUGGGCAUGAGGGUUUUAUAUCACUCUAUGUGCAAUUAUCAAAAUCUCAACAUCAAUUCUCUUAAAAAGAUAACUGAAAUAAAAACAAGAUUCAGUUGCUGUUAGGGAAGGGAAGGGUAGUUCAUAAAACUUGAUGCUAAAAAUUAUAAGACUCAAUCUUUCCAAGAGGGAAUGCUCUUAAAGCUCAAAUAACAAUGUAUUGGGUUGAGACUAAUAAAUCAGAUACUUCCAGAUCUAGACUCAAACUACCUCUUCUUUUACAACAUUUGUUACUAUUGUAUCCUUUAUUAUUCAAUAUGCUUAGAAAAUGCAGUACAUGCAUCGUAUUGUGACUAUGGGUGAUUUUCCUAUGUUGGUUCUCAUACAGCCUUUCAGCCGUGAUCGUCCCUAAUAUAUCACCUUCUUUUAUCUAGGUGUUCGUCCUAUAUGAGCUCUCACAAGGCAAUGCGCUGAUCGUCUCCUAUACACUUCGUAUUCUUUUUACUUUGGUCACAAUAUAUCAGCAUACAAUGACAUUUUCUUAUUAUUUUUCAAAAUAUCACAUUAUUUAUAAAAAAAAUAUUUCCAAAAUACAUUGAAAACUCUUAAUUAUAUCUUAUAUUAUAAACUCAUUCUUUUUAAAAUAAAGGGCUUUACUUAUUAUUGUUUUCUAUCUUCUCCCUUGCUCCUUCACACAUGAAUGCUCACACACAUAUAGUCGCUACUCAUUCUGGGACUGUGACCAAUGGCCCCUCCUUCCUACUCUCUCAAUUUCUUAACACACUUACGCAGACAAACAGAACUAUUCUACAUCCCCACAUGUUUCUCUUUUAUAUAAUAAAUAAGUGCCUUCUCCAAGCAGGCAGUUACCUUCUCUGAACAGGUAAGACUAAUUUACAUUGCCUUCUCACAACAGGCAAUUAGCCUCUCAAAACGGGUACCACUUAUUUACAUUGCCCUCUCAAAACGAGCAGUUACCCUCUCAGAACAGGUAACACUUAUUUACAUUGCCCUCUCAAAGAGGCUGUUACCUUCUCAUAACAGGUAACACUUGUUUACAUUAUGUCUAGACAUCACCUACAUUCAUUCUUUACUUUGAGACCUGGGGCCCUCCUGCAAUAUUAGUGUCAAUUAGUUCUUAGACUGGAGAAGCUUUUUACAGACAUCAACUCUACCCAGAACUCACCUCCGGCAGACCACACAGAUAUCAAAAUAUUAAACUCUAAACAAAAGUAUGCUCACCUGAUCUGUGCAGUCAGCCGGAUGGUUCGCCCUCGGGUGUCGUCAGAUGCCUUCAGCCUCUUUCCACUCCUGGCUGGCUCGCCAAAUAUGAUGAGGAAAAUGUUGAUCUUCAAGCUCAAAAAAUUGCUCAGACAAGAAAGGUCCAGGUGUCAAAGAUUUAAUUUUAUUUGUACAAGUCAAACAAAGUGAGAUGUUCCAAGUCUCCGAAAACAUCUGAAAACUUUGUGUUUUCCAGCCUCUAGUUAUAGUGAAACUUCUCAAAGGUGUUUCCUUUCGAAACCAAUCAGGUUAAUUCAUGCUAUCUCUUAUUUUGUAUUAUCCAACUGUCCUUGUCUGUCACCAUUAAAUCUAGGCAACACGGUUUCUUGUCUAAUGGUGGAGUCUCAACCUUGACUCAUUUUUUUUUAAAUAAGUUGUGCUAUAAUUUAUUUGGGUCUGGCCUUUAAAGCAUCACUGGAUUUUGUAUGGCUGAAAAUGAUUAAAAUAGUUUAAAAAAUCAAUUACUACACGUAUGUUGAUUCUAUCAUGCAUAAGUAUAUUGAUUAUAUCAUUCAAACAAUCUUAUCGUGAUUCUAAUACUCAUCUAAGUUAAUCUGAUUUCUGAUCUACUAACACGUCUAUGUUACAAACAUUCCUAUGAAUACUUCUUCAUAACCGGGGUGAAUAAAAAGCCCCAUAGUAUACAGAAUAUGAUCGUUAUUAUACAUAAUAAAAAGCCCCAUAGUAUACAGGAUAUGAUCAGGAUUAUACACAAAAACGACAAGCUCCUUUUUGUUUGUUUUGUGUACGAACAGGUUUUCUCCUCUAUUCAUUAUUAUAAACAUUGUGUCAGGUACUCUUGUGUGUUUCAAUGUUUAUUUAAUGAUGACAUAACUGAGGAACAUUUGUAAAACCUAACAAUCACACUCGGUCACGCAGCAACAAAACACCAAAAUAAAGUGUCUCGUCAUUCUUGAUCAUGAACUCUGGAGAAGUUGACUUGUGAUAAAAACACAAUCUGACCCAACAGACCAACAAAACCGACUGUAUGAGAGUGUUUGUGCUGAUCUUUAAACAUUCUGAGCACAACUUUAACAUUCAAGCUGAUCUGUUAUUGUACAUUAAUGUGACAGUAAGAAGUGCAUUAUACAACACAUAUGUUCUGAAAAAAUCAUCUGAACAAGUAAUAAAUUCAGACACUUUAUUCUGAGCAAAUGAAAAUGUAAAUCUUAGUGAUGUCAUUUUAUAAAACAUUAUUUUAUAUAGUCAUUAUUUUUAUUUAAUAAUGACAUUCUGCUGAAGUGAGAGACUGAAGUGUGUGUUAUUGUU